AAAUAUUAUUUAGUUAGUUGCCGGCCGGCUCUUGCUUAUUGUGCUUGUUUGUAGGUACUGUAAACACAUUGAAUAAUGUUUCGUAAUAUAAGCAAAGUGGUAAAGUCGCAAUCAGCAAAAUUUGGAACUGCUGCUCUGCCGGCACCACAUACUAAUCCUGAAAUUUUAUAUACGGGGCUGUUUAUCAACAAUGAGUGGGUGAAGUCAUCCGACGGGAAGACCUUCCAGACAGAGAACCCGGCAACGGGCAAGGUGAUUGCCGAGGUGCAGCAGGCAGGCAAAGCAGAUGUCGACAAAGCUGUCAAAGCUGCCAGAGAGGCUUUCAAACUGGGUUCCCCAUGGAGGACCAUGGACGCGUCAGACCGCGGCGUUCUCAUCAACAGACUGGCCGACCUCAUCGAGAGGGAUAAGGCUUAUUUGGCGAGUUUGGAAACCCUGGACAACGGUAAGCCGUACUCGGCCGCGUACCACGGCGACGUAUCAGCCGUCAUCAAGAACCUGAGGUACUACGCCGGCUGGGCCGACAAGAACCACGGGAAAGUGGUGCCGACUGACGGGAAGUACUUCGCUUAUACCCGCCACGAGCCGGUCGGCGUCUGCGGACAGAUAAUCCCGUGGAACUUUCCCCUGCUGAUGGCCGCGUGGAAACUGGCCCCCGCUCUGGCGACCGGCAACACGGUGGUGAUGAAGCCGGCCGAGCAGACGCCGCUCACCGCGCUCUACCUCGCUCAGCUGCUCAAGGAGGCGGGUUUCCCCCCGGGCGUGGUGAACAUGCUGCCGGGCUUCGGGGACGCGGGCGCCGCGCUCGUGGACCAUCGACACGUCGACAAGAUCGCAUUCACCGGCUCCACGGAGGUGGGUAAGCUGAUCCAGCGUGGCGCCGCGGGGACCCUCAAGAGGAUCACAUUGGAGCUGGGCGGGAAGUCUCCCAACAUCAUCCUGGGGGAUGUAGACCUUGAGAAGGCUGUUGAAGCUGCGCAUACGGCCCUCUUUUACAAUAUGGGACAAUGUUGUACUGCAGGGUCCCGUACAUUCGUGGAAGACAAGAUUUACGACAAAUUCGUUGAGCUUUCGGCCGCGCGCGCCAAGAGGAGGGUCGUCGGGGAUCCCUUCCGCCCUGACGUCGAAUCUGGACCACAGAUCGACCGCGAGCAACACACGAAGAUUCUGCAAUUAAUAGAGAGCGGCAAGCGGCAGGGAGCGCGGCUCGUGGCGGGCGGCGCCGCGCUCGGCGACGUGGGCUACUUCGUCCAGCCCACCGUGUUCGCGGACGUGAAGGACGACAUGGACAUCGCCAGGACUGAGAUCUUCGGCCCCGUGCAGCAGAUCAUCAGGUUCUCGUCGCUGGAGGAGGCGGUGUCCCGCGCCAACGACACCGACUACGGGCUGGCGGCCGCCAUCUUCUCCAACGACCUCGACAAAGUCAACUAUCUGGUGCAGGCGAUCCGCGCGGGCACGGUGUGGGUGAACGACUACAAUGUAUUCGGCAACCAGGUGCCCUUCGGCGGCUGCAAGCAGUCGGGCGUCGGCCGCGAGAACGGCCAGUACGGGCUGCACAACUACACCGAGGUCAAGGCCGUGGUGGUCAGGCUCACGGAGAAGAACUCUUAGGGAGUGUUUAGUGGUAGUCUAGUGGGUUGAGGGAGGUCGUGGAAGUUUGAGUUUUUUCGGGUCGAGCUUUUAAGUGUGUGGAUGUAUCGAGAUAGUUUUUUUUUUUUUUAAUGUUAAUGUAAGGUUCAGGACGGUAGGUGUAGUUAAGGAAUAUGAUAGAAUUGCUUAUAUUAUAUACAUGAUGUAUUUGUAUUAUUUUCUGAAUGUGGUUAAGGCAUGAUUUUGAUAAUGAAUUCCUAUAGAACUCAACGUCUCAUACACAGGUGUGAACAUGAAAUCGCGUUUUUUUUUUUCAAAUUGUUGUGGAAAUUUGUAGGAUUUUAUGUGCAUGUGCAAUAAAUAAUAAUGUAUUUUUUUAUAUAAACUAAACAUAUUCUUAAUUUUUACAUGAGAAUGUGGUGGCACAAAAGUAAGCAAGGUGCUGUCUAUUGUUAAAUGAUUGAGAUGUCUUCCAAAUAUCUGAUAUAAAAAAUAUUGAAAAAAAUAACCUAUGUUAUACAAAUUAAAUUUGUAAUAGUAUAUUUUUACUCCUACGUUUUUUUUUUCAGUGCCAUUACAAACUCAUAUUCCAGUGUUUUGCUACAUAUAUUUGCAAUAAAACAUCAAAAUUAA